AUGGCCUCUUAUUUGCCCAAUCUUGGACUGGACUCGGCGGCCUGGGUGGACGACACUGAGUGGCCACUGUCUUCAUUGUUCAACGAUGACACGAAGACACAAAUCGUGAUACCCACAAUGUCAACAGCGAGGACUUUUGACGAGGGCUCCACUGACAUGAGCUAUGCUUCUUUCUUUGAGGGGAUUGAGCUACCGAGCUUUACUCCGCUUGCAACCGAUGCCCUUGAGAAGCAGCCUCUCACUAUGGUCGACCCAUCUUUCAAACACUCUGCUGUAUCCUCUUUGACUCAUGAAUCGCCUUACUUACCCUCAGAUGUUCGAUUCCUUUUAUCACACUAUACCACUCAUGUCAUUGAUUCUCUUUCGGGCCUACCACAGACAAAGGCUCCGUGGAAAGGCAUCCACGUGCCGUGCGCUCUGACUGCGUAUGGAGAGCUAAAUAUCAUGGGCAAAUCGAGCUUUGCCAGGGUAUCGCUGCUGUACAGCCUUCUAUCUCUGACUUGCUACCAUCUAGGUACCCUUCACAAGGCCUCUUCCACUACUCCUGACGGAGGAACGGAGCCCAUUGUGUCUAUCGAGCAGGCUGAGAACUCAAAAUAUUGGUAUUCCCAGGGCUUAAAGUACAGGGACAUUGCCCGCACGACGUUCCAAAAGUGUCUGCUGGCGCUAUCUGAAAAUCCGACCGAGAGAGUAAAAUACAAAGAAGUCUUCGUCAGUGCGAUGAGCUUGAUCUGUGCUGGAAUCAUCAGCGGUGACCCAUGGGACGCACAUCUUUUUAUCCUCAGAUGCGAACACAUCGUUCACAAUAUUGGACGGAGGAAGUUGCGAUUCUCUGACGAUGCUUUACAAUUACAUCGCAUUUUCGCCUAUAUCAGAAUUAUCGCACAGACAACCUUCAUUCAAACCCGAGCCCAGUAUCUCGAGACACUUGGCCAGAAGAGUAUACUUGCGGAAGAAGUCUCAUUGGUGGAGAAGACUCCGGACAGCGAAUUUCGGUGCCCAACAGAUAUGUCGUCGGAUCAACGAGUCAUGUCCGAUCUAGGACUAUGUGACACCGACGAGUACGACUUUUCCGAGCUAUAUGGAAUCCCGGUCUCGAUUUUGAGGUUGAUCACUAGAACAACAAGUAUGGUCUCCUUGAUUGAUCCCCCACAGCUUCACGGAACAGCUCAGCCUUUCAUGCCUCCUUACCUUGUUGGAGCUGCAGCGGCCCUCGAGGCUGAAGUCUGUGGAUGGAAAGCAGCGCGUGGAACCACCGAAAUUAGCAGCGUUCUGUCUGUUUCUCUCAAAAUGGGCACAAAUGCAAAACCGACUCAAAGUCCUGUUGAUACCAUGAAGUCAAUCACCUCGACAGUCAUGCAUCAUGCACUGUUGAUCUACUUCUUUCGCUUCGUGCGCGGAACUAACCCUAUGAUACUUCAGCACUAUGUAGAGAGCAUCUUGACUGGCGUCGAAAGCCUUCGCGAAAGCAAUCUUUGCUUUUUCCCUCACACCAGGUUGGGUGUGAUUGUGUGGCCAAGUUUCAUUGCCGCUUGUGAAGCCAUUGGGAGCACCCUGCGUAGCCGUGCCAUCCGGUGCAUGAGAUAUGCCUCGUGGUCAGGAUUCAAGAACGCAGAAGCUGCAGAAUUGGUGGCAAAAGAAGUUUGGCGGAGACGUGACGCUGGAGAAUUGCAUGUCUCGUGGAGCACAGUCCUUCGAGAAUCUAAAACUAUUCUGCUCCUGACCUGA